AUGAUUCCGAAGUCGGGCACUGGGACUAUCACCGCCGAAACGCCUUCAAAGACAUCAUCCAUGGUCUUUGUGAGAAAACUGCCCCCAAAAUCAGCAAAAAAUGUUUCAUUGGGCCCCGGUCUUUGGACUUAUGUGCUAGCGGAGCGUCUCCGCAGCGGGGAAUAUCUGCAACCUCUUACGUCUGUCACCUCCACUUCGGGUUGGAAUCAGGCUUUGAUAUUGGACAAGGGCGACGACCUGGAGCUCCACCAAGGCCCAUUUUUGGCCCCUCCUGUCGGCGCCGAUGAACCGGCGCAGGGCAAGAAGGCCGAAAUCGCAGCCCCCGAGGUCGGCCGGCUUUUAGGCCUCCGAGAGCCGUUCGAGGGCCGGACACGGGUCCGUCUACAGCCGGAACGUCGCACAAUGUAG